CGCCUCCCACCAGUCUGCCGCGCCCCAGGCCAGACCAGGUCCCCAGUUCCUGGGGAUCCAGGCGGGGCAGGGUGGGGACACGUGACCGGCGGCGCCCAGACCUCCUCGCGUUCACUCUGGGCAGUCGAGCCUAGGGCCCCAGCUGCCCGGUGCACCCAGGCUCGCCUCUGCCCUCGCCCUCGCAGAACCCAAAAUACAGCACCAAAGGCCCUCUGGCUACCGCCCAGCGUACCCAACAGAGAGACUGGUGUGACCCAGGGGAGCAGCAGUGAUGGAGGACAACUUGGAUCUUUCCCUGCUCACAGACGAGGAGGCCCAACACGUGUGGCAGGUGGUGCAGCGGGACUUCGCCCUGCGGACCCAGGAGGAGGAAAGGCUGGCGCGGCUGAAGGGCAAGAUCAGGUGGGAGAGCUCCAAGCGGGAGCUGCUGUCGGACACGGCCCACCUGAACGAGACGCACUGCGCCCGCUGCCUACAGCCCUACCGGCUCUUCGUGAGCGGCAAGCGGCAGUGCCUGGACUGCGGCCUCUUCACCUGCAAACAUUGCAGCCACGCCCACCCAGAGGUGCGGGGCUGGCUGUGUGACCCCUGCCACCUGGCCAGGGUGGUGAAGAUCGGCUCGCUGGAGUGGUACUAUGAGCACGUGAGAGCCCGCUUCAAGCGGUUCGGGAGCGCGAAGGUGGUGCAGUCCCUGUGUGGGCGGCUGCGGGGCGGAGGGAGGCCUGAGCUCAGCCCAGGAGAGAAAAACGGAGACAGUGAGCAGACAGACGAGGAUGAAGAGCCCGACAUGGGGGCCAAGGCCCAGCCCCUCGGAAGCAAAGUCCAGGCUCCUUCGGAGGAGGCCAUGCCCGUCCAGGCUGAGUGGGAGUGGGGAUCUGGUCCCCCCCAAGCUGACCCCGACUCCAGCCUCCCUUUCCUAUCACCUGUGAAGAAGAGACGCCUUCUCUCCUUCCAUGACCUGGACUUCGAGGAGGACUCAGACAACUCUCUGGAGCCUUAUGGUCACCUCUCACACCUGUCCUCGGUCCCCUGGGCCUCAGACAGCCUACAGUCCCUCCCAGGUGACCACUCCACUGACACCACCUCCCAGGAGCCUGAGGUCCUGCAGGAGGAGGACCUCUGUCCACCUGAGCAGCCAAGCAGCCUCUCACCUUCAGAACUGGACGCCACCGUGGAGCUUGGCCCGUCUGCAGACCCCAACACCACGGCUCUGCAGACAGCUUCGGUACCAGGGACAAAUGCCACCAGGGAGAGGCAGCUCCCUGCACAAUACCUGGCUGAUGUGGACACCUCUGAUGAAGACAGUGUCCAGGGGCCCAGGGCCACCUCCCAGCAUCCCAAGCAGAGAGGCUGGGCUGCACUCAAGAGCCAGUCUUCGGCCAAUGCAGGUGCACAUACAGAGGCUGACCUGGAGGAGGAGAAUCUGCGGCAGCAGCUGCAGGCGCUGACCAGUACCCUCAGCGACCAGGGCGCCUCAUCUGAAGAGGAGAAGGCCGACGAUGCAGCAGCUGGGACGACUACAGAGGCACACACAGCUGCAGGCUGCAUGGACUCCUGGGACAGCAGCUCCCAGGGCCCUGGGGUCUCCAUCCAGCCCAGCAGGACCACGGAUGAGGCACUGUCAGAGCUGGAGGACCAAGUGGCCGCCGCAGCCUCCGAGAUGCAGCAGGUGGAGAGUGAGGUUUCUGACAUCGAGUCCAGGAUCGCAGCACUCAGGGCUGCGGGGCUCACGGUGAAGCCCUCGACAAAGCCCCGGAGGAAGUCAAACCUCCCGGUCUUCCUGCCUCGGGUGGCGGGCACCCUUGGCCAGCGUCCAGAGGACCAGAAGGCAGACGAGGUAUGUGUCAUCUCCCUGGCCACUGCCCCGGACAGCCAGAGCAGGGCGACCUCAGAGGCGGCAGCCAUGCCCUGUCUUCUCAGGAGAAAGUACUCCCCUCAGGCUGGCAAAGACCAGGAGCCCUUUGAAAGGAAGUCAGUGUACCGCGGGUCCCUGACGCAGAGGAGCCCCAACGGCAGGAGGGGCAUGGCCCGCCACAUCUUUGCGAAACCCGUGAUGACCCAGCAGCCCUAGAGAAGCAGCGUGGGACCAGGACAGAGCCACCAGAAUCGUCGCUGUGCCUGCUCCACAGCGCUCUGUCCUCCCAGGCUCCACACUUUCUGCCACGCGCAUCACUGCCCAGCCAGAAACAAGAAGAGGGCAUGUGGGGGCCACCUGCCCAGCACUGAGCUGUGAGACAGCAGAGCUGAUGUGACGAUCCCGGAGGGCACCGUCUCGGGCUGUGGAGGAACAGGGUGACCUCUGUCGCUGUGGUCUUCCGGUCUGCACCUGGCUGUGCUGGAUGGAACAGGGUGUUGGUGGGUCAGUCACUGGGCUGGGAGGGCAGCUGUGGGCUGUGCUCAUGAAAGGGACUUGGGAUCAGGCCAAGCGACAGCACACAGGGCCCACUGGGCACCAAGUUAUAGAACCACCUGCCCCACGUACCUGCUCUGCCAGCUCCCACAGGCAGAAACAACUGCACCGCCAACACCUAUGCCCUAAAAACGUCCUGCCACCCCUGGCAUGCCACCCCUGGUGCAGGCCUCCAGGGACACCAUCUGGCACCAUCUGAACUAUGGCACAUGACUCAUACUUCAGCAAUAAACUUUGUUAAUUCCCAGA